GGUGUACGGUGUACCAACUACCCAACCAAUAAGAACUGGGAACUUCUUACCGAGUGAGGAGUCAAACUUUUGAUUUAACAACACUGCAACUUGAAGUUCAAAUGUUUUCAAUCAACUUAUCAGUCUUUAUCUACUUACUUCAUCAAGCUCUUGCUUCAUCCUCACUCGAUCAAUCUCAACUCGUUCUUUCAUCCGAUGGAGACUAUUCUAGUACAUCAACUUGUUCCGGUGAUAUGCCUACCAGUUGCCAUUUGCCUUCCAGUACAGGGCCUAUCAAUACUUGUUGUACAAACGCACCAGGCGGUCAGAUUCUCUUAACUCAGUUUUGGGAUUUUCAUCCUGCCACUGGACCAUCCGACAGCUGGACCAUUCACGGACUUUGGCCUGAUAACUGUGAUGGCUCCUAUGAAGCAUCAUGUGAUUCCGAGCGAGACUACACGAACAUCACCCAGAUUCUCCAACAAGGUGGUGGUCAACAAGCUCUUGAUAUCAUGAACCAUUAUUGGAAGGACCAACGUGGAAACGAUGAAAGGUUUUGGCAACAUGAAUGGGGCAAGCAUGGUACCUGCAUAUCUACCCUCGAACCGAAGUGUUUCGGGGAAUCUUACAGCCCUCAAUCCGAAGUCGUAGCUUUCUUCAACCGCACAGUAGACUUGUUUCAAUCCUUACCGACCUAUAAAUGGUUGGCCGAAGCAGAUCCGCCAAUUGUACCUUCAACUUCGGUAACCUACACUUUGGCUCAAUUGCAGGCAGUUGCAAACAAACAUUUUGGUCAGGAUGCUGUGUGGAAUUGUCGGGGCCACUCAUUAAACGAAGUCUGGUGGCAUUUCAAUACCGUUGGUACUGUCAGCAAAGGACAGUUUGUCGCAGCCAAACCAGUUGGACCUUUGUCUACCUGUCCCCAGAGCGGAAUUCAGUACUUCCCCAAGUCUGGUGGUAGCGGCGGCGGUGGAGGUAUCCCUCAUCGCCCGAAUCAUCCAACCCAUCCACCCAGUCACCCUCACCCAUCACCACCCUCUGACAAACACUUCAUACAUGUCAUCGACACCUCAACUGGCCGACGAAACGGUUGUCUGAUUGGUACAGGAGCCUGGUAUACUACUGGAAAAUGUGCUGGCUUCACUAUCAUGACCUCAAAAGAUAAAGAAAUUCUUGAAGUACGCUCGCGCAAGGGUGCUUGUGCAUUCCGUCCCGACGGUUCACUCAGCUGUGGCCGCGGAAUUCAUUCGAAAGGAUUUUCUUAUAACGCUACAUAUCUACUACACGAUGGGCAACAAGUUUUCCAUGCUGACGGUGUGCCCAGUGGCCGAACCAAGAUGAAGGUCCGCAAAGGCGACGGGCUUACAACGAUCAUGUUAGAGGUUGCCGCAGCAUCCUAGAUCAUGUGUUUGUCCUCUUACUCAUCAAACCUCUCCGGAAGGUCUUGGGGCGCAUUUUUAUCUCAACGCAAUCUCACGUCGAUGAACGCGAUUUCCUUAUCUUGGUGCGUAGGUAGCAGGAAUUUUGUUUCUGCCAGAGAUGUACUUUCAACUGUUCUUUGUGGUCACUUUGUUUCCUGACUGUUCUCCAAUGUAGUAGUGUUGUAUCAGCUUGCAAUAUUUUCAUAAGCAUCUUAUACUUAGCGUAAUAUGCGUGUAAGAUGCAGUUGACGU